AUGCCACAAUUCUUAGUAGAUCUAUGCCUUUUUGAUUUAGAUGGGACUAUUGUUAGUACAACAAUCGCAGCAGAAAAGUCCUGGACCAAGUUAUGUCAUCAGUAUGGGGUUGAUCCUGCUGAUUUAUUCAAGCAUUCCCAUGGUGCAAGGACGCAAGAUAUCAUGAAGCAAUUUUUUCCCAAACUAGAUAAUACAAACAAUAAAGGUGUUAUUGCCCUAGAGAUGGAUAUGGCUGGUAGUUAUUUGGACACCGUGAGUCUUAUUCCUGGUGCCGAAAAUCUGCUGCUGUCUUUAGAUGUAGAUACAGCCGAUAAAACGAAAACGCCUUCGAGAAAAUGGGCUAUCGUUACUUCUGGUUCUCCGAAUCUGGCAUAUUCAUGGUUCAAGACAAUAUUGAAAAAAGUUGGGAAACCCGAGGUUUUCAUUACCGGGUUUGACGUGAAGAAAGGUAAGCCUGACCCUGAAGGUUAUGCCACUGCCCGCGAUCUGUUGUGCCAAGAUUUGCAAUUGGUUGGUAAAAAGGACUUGAAAUACGUCGUCUUUGAAGACGCACCUGUAGGCAUUAAAGCCGGCAAGGCGAUGGGCGCCAUCACGGUGGGAAUAACAUCAUCGUAUGACAAGAGUGUUUUGUUCGAUUCAGGUGCGGAUUACGUAGUUUCCGAUUUGACUCAGGUUUCCGUGGUCAAGAACGAUGCAGACGGUAUUGUCAUUCAAGUAAACAACCCGUUGACCAGGGAUUGA